ACGUUUGCGUCAGUGUCAGAUAGAUCUCAAUGCCACCCUGCCCCGGGGGGAGCGCAGUGGGCAGACGGGCUGGGCAGGCAGGCAGAAGCCCACGGCAGAGCCCCCCGAGCCACCACCCUGCUGUGUGCCCCACGGUCAUGCUGCUGCUCCUGCACCUGCUGCCUGCAAUGCUGCCCAGCGCCGCUCUGGCCAGCUGCACCGCGGCGGGUGCUGACCGGCAGCUCAUCCUGGCCAAGGUGAGGGCCCGGGUGCUGGAACAUCUGAGUCCCCCCCUUCUCCAGGAGGAGCCACAGAUGGAAGCGAGGAGGGUACACCGGAGAGACGUCCUUGAAAACGCCGAAGUGGAGCCAGAGGAGCUGGAGGACACCUCCCAGGUGAUCUUAUUCCCUGCCACAGAUGUUCCCUGUGAGCCCACACAGCCAGACAAGCUGCUGGAGGAAGAAGGGAUUUUCACCUACCUCUUCCAGCCUUCAGCACACACCCUGAACCGUGUGGUGACUUCUGCCCAGCUCUGGUUUUACACUGGCCCCUCAGCUGCCCCCAACCACUCAACCCCUGAUGUGCUGACCCUGUCACCUCAGGGCCGGGUUCCGGUGACGGCCAUGGCAGAGCGGACACCCGAGCACUGGACAGUAUUUCACUUGGCCCCGGUGCUGCUGCCCCAGCUCUCCCAGCCGCUCUUCGUGCUCCUGGUGCGCUGCCCUGGCUGCCCCUGCCUGGCCGAGGGGGACAAGAUGCCCUUCCUGGUGGCCACCACCCGGGCCAAGGGCAGUGAGAGGGCUCGUCGCUCUGCCAUGCCCUGGUCCCCAGCCGCCCUGAGCCUGCUGCAGCGUCCAUCCGAGGAGCUAGCUGCCCACACCAACUGUCGCCGGGCUUCCCUCAACAUCUCCUUCGAGGAGCUGGGCUGGGACAAGUGGAUUGUGCAUCCCAGCAGCUUUGUUUUCCACUACUGCCACGGGAGCUGCGCUGCAGGCCACGGGCUGAGCCACCGGCUGGGUGUGCAGCUCUGCUGCGCUGCCCUGCCCGGCACCAUGCGCUCCCUGCGCGUCCGCACCACCUCCGACGGCGGCUACUCCUUCAAGUACGAGACGGUGCCCAACAUCCUGGCCCAGGACUGCACCUGUGUCUAGGGCAUGCUGCAGCCCAGCCCCAGACCGUGAUCCCACCCAGGAGGAGUUGCUUUCCCGGUGGAACCCUGGCCACUGGGACGGGGCAGUUUGGCUGUACCACCCUCCCCUGCACAAGCCAGAUUUUUUGGGCUGGCCCAGGUACCAUCACACUGCUAGACUUGCCCUAGGGCCAGUCCCAGCUCAGAGCACAUCAGAGCAUGGUGGGGCAAGGACAGGCACAGCCUAUGGCAAAGGCAUCACUGCCCUGCCAAAGCCAGCCUGGUGUCUGCAACCAGAUUAGCCCUCAUCUCCCCCACUUGCUUCCCUCCUGCAAUUCUGCACACAAAGACUGGUGUCCUGCUCCUGCUGCAGAGUUCAACAGCUUCCCCUGUGCUCCAGGCAGCGCCAGGCUGCUGCAACAGAAUCAGGAUGUGCCUGGGUGAGCCCAUGCCAGGACCUCACACUGGUGGCAGGGUUGGCAGCACAUGUGGCACCACAAGUGAGCCCUCUCCCAGCAGCACAGCUUGUUGGAAAGCUUAAUGGGAUGAGUGAAAUAAACCUGUUCCCUUUACUAAAGCAGCCUGGAAAUGCCAGCUUCCAUCAGAGGCAGCCACGAAGGUGGCAGGCGGUUGUGCAGUGGGAAAUGACCUCUCCAGGGGCUUCUACACAGAGAAAUGAGGGGAUGGGCAAGUACUGUUAGAGGCAUCCAGUUCUGAUUCGGGGUACCAGAGAGGGGACUGGAGUAUGGUGGCCAAAAUGGGCAUGGUGUGCCUGGGUUUGAUCCUGCCCCAGGCAAGGG